AUGGCAUCACGCAGGUCUGCCAGGCUUGCGGCCGUGGCCACCAAUGCCGCUGUAGUUGAGCUACCACCUCGGCCGGCUGUAAUGGCUCGCAAGCGCAAAGCCCAGGUUUCUGCGCCGGAGGAGACCGCGAAGGCGCCCGUCACACCACGGAAGCGGCGGGUGAAGGCUGUCGAGGAAGCGCCCGAUACACCUACACCUACCGCAGUCAAUCUCAUCGCAGAGCCCAUAGAGACACAGAAGCCCAAACCCGCCGCGGUCGCUCGUCUGGCAGACCCAAACCGCACCAAUGCGGUCCUCCGCUCGCCCAAGACAUCCCGGGUCAUCGCUCCGACCUCCGUCGAGCCGAUCCGCUCCAAGCUAAGCAGCAGCAGAGAUGUCAAGCCCGCCCCGACGGGCCCGACGAAGAUCACCCCCACCAUCACAUCGUCCAACAUCCUCGAGGAGGCCUGCGCCUACCUAAUCAAGGUCGACGCGCGGAUGAAGCCGCUCAUCGACCAGCACCAUUGCCGCAUCUUCUCGCCCGCCGGCCUAGCCGAGCAGGUCGACCCGUUCGAGGCGCUGUGCAGCGGCAUCAUUUCGCAGCAGGUCAGCGGUGCCGCGGCCAAGUCCAUCAAGGCCCGCUUCAUCAACCUGUUCAACUCGCAGCUGGAGACUGAUGCGCUGCCCGAUGCCGAGGUGGUCGCUCCGCGUUUUCCGACUCCGGACCAGGUUGCGGUGACGUCGAUUGAGACCUUGCGCACGGCGGGGCUUUCGCAGCGCAAAGCCGAAUACCUCCAGGGUCUGUCCGAGAAGUUCGCCUCGGGCGAGCUGACCGCGCAGAUGCUCGCCGAUGCGCCGUAUGAGGAGGUCUUUGAGAAGCUGAUUGCCGUGCGCGGGCUGGGGAAAUGGAGUGUUGAGAUGUUUGCGUGUUUCGCGUUGAAACGGUUGGACGUCUUCUCGACUGGUGACUUGGGGGUGCAGCGUGGGAUGGCGGCAUUUGUUGGACGGGACGUGAGCAAGUUGAAGGCCAAGGGCGGCGGGAAGUGGAAGUAUAUGAGCGAGAAGGAGAUGGAGGAGAUCAGUGAACGGUUUCGGCCUUAUCGGACGUUGUUUAUGUGGUAUAUGUGGCGGGUUGAAGAGACGGAUAUUAGCACGAUGGAGUAA